GUGGACUCCAAUCAACUGAAUGUCCCACAGGUGGACUCCAAUCAAAUGAAUUUCCCACAGGUGGACUCCAAUCAACUGAAUGUCCCACAGGUGGACUCCAAUCAACUGAAUGUCCCACAGGUGGACUCCAAUCAACUGAUUGUCCCACAGGUGGACUCCAAUCCACUGACUGUCCCACAGGUGGACUCCAAUCAACUGAAUGUCCCACAGGUGGACUCCAAUCAACUGAAUGUCCCACAGGUGGACUCCAAUCAACUGAACGUCCCACAGGUGGACUCCAAUCAACUGAACGUCCCACAGGUGGACUCCAAUCAACUGAACGUCCCACAGGUGGACUCCAAUCAACUGAAUGUCCCACAGGUGGACUCCAAUCAACUGAAUGUCCCACAGGUG